AUGUCUGAUGCGACGUUAAGCAACAUUUUCUGGGGCCACAGUGCCGGCGUUCUCGUUCUUUCAGCGUCAGGUUUAUUAUGGCGUAGUCGUGCAACGGAAGGUCAAAAAAAAUUGCUAAAAGAUGACAUUGUGACGUUGUUAUGGACACCUGUUGGUCCCAAGUCGCAUCAUUUAAAAGUCUAUCAAAAAGGUGGUAAAUACGUGCGUUUUACGGGUCUAAAGGCACAGGACGUGGUCCAAUUAAAGAGUCAUGUUGAGAGCUACUUUGAUCGGGAAUUGGAACAGGAAAAAGUCGCGACUGAUGGUGGAAAUUGGGGCGAUAUGAAAUUUGAAGGGCCUAAUUUGAAUUUCCGAGCAACAAAUGCCAGUGUUAUGGAGCUCCCUCUGGAACAAAUUUCACAGUGUGCAUUGCCUGGUAAACAUGAAGUGGAAUUGCAGUUUCAUGAGGAUGAUACAGUUGCUGGAGACGAGGAAACGCUCGUGGAAAUGAGGCUCUAUUUGCCUCCAGGGGAUGUCGAUGACGAGGUUGUAACGGCCGAAGAUUUCCGACAACAAGUACUGAAAGAAGCUAAUAUACGGAGUGUUAUGGGCAAGAGUAUUGUGGAUUUAGACGAGUCAAUUGGCACGUUUCUCACACCUCGUGGUCGCUAUGGUGUGGAGAUUUAUGGCUCCUUUUUACGAAUGCAUGGCAAGACAUUUGACUACAAGAUCAUGUACUCGAACAUUAAUCGGUGUUUUUUACUGGAAUUGCCGAAUGGUAUUAAUACGGCCUUUGUCAUUAGUCUUGAAGAACCGAUUCGACAGGGAAAACAGGGAUAUCCACAUUUGGUACUGCAGUUGAGCAAGAAUGAUGUCCAUAUUGAUGUCAACAUGUCGAGUGAAGAGAUUAAAAAGUACAAUGGAAACAUUCAUGAACGGAUGUCUGGUGCACUGCCUCAGAUUGUUGCGACGCUGUUCAAGUUUGUUAUCGGCAAGAAGGUUUACACGUCGGGAAAGUUCAAGACGCACAGCGGUGAUCGUGCCGUUAAAUGUGCCGUCAAGGCGCAGAGUGGUGUACUAUUUCCACUGGAAAAGUCCUUCAUGUUUAUUCACAAGCCUACAACCUUCAUCCGCUACGAGGAGAUUGACUACAUUGAGUUCCAGCGUUACGCUGGACAGAGUGGAUCUUCAGCGAGCCGAAACUUUGACUUGCUUGUGAGCUGCAAGUCUGUGGGUGGAGAAGCUGCACGUGAGUACGUUUUCUCGGCUAUCGAUCGACGUGAGUUUCCAGAGCUGAGUCAAUUCCUGACGUCCAAGAAGCUACACAUUCGCAACCUCAAGGAGUCGCACGGUGCGAGCGUGCCGGUAGGCUCGAAGAAACGCGACAUUAACGAGUAUUUAGAGGAGUUGGGUCCCGAGGAGGGUGAGAUUGAAGACGACGAGGACGAGGAGGACUCGGACUUUGGCCCUGGCGAUGCCUCUGGUAGUGAGUCAAGCGACUUUAGCGACGAGGGCGAGCUCAGUGGGAAGGAUUCGGACGGAGAGGAUGCAGCGGCGGGAGAUGCGUCCUUGAAAAAGGACAAGAAGAAGAAGAAGAAGAAGAAGCUGCACAAGAAACACAAGCCUAAUGCGGAAGAGUAA